AAAGUCAGGCUCUCACAUCCAUAAAUUGAGAUUGAGCAUGAGCCGUUCAUCAAAUGCCAACAUAUCAUCCCCUGAUGAUAAUCAAGAGAAUCCGCCAUCUGCUUCUGCAUUGAAGCUCUUUGGUUUUCCAGUGACUGGCUGUGUAGGAGCCCCGACGACAGCUGCUCCUCGUGAUGACGUGUACAUCAAGAGAUUUGAGUGCCAAUACUGUCACAGAGGAUUUGCAAAUUCUCAGGCCUUGGGUGGCCAUCAAAACGCACACAGGAAAGAACGUCAGCGCGCCCAUUUUAAUCUCUCUGAUCAUCAUCAUCAUCAACGGUAUGCAACAACCGGCACCGUUGUAGCUGGGCAUUCGGUUAGAUCAUGGCCGUUCAUUUCCUCGAGUGGGUCUGUAAAAGGUCCAGCGAAUGACAAAGAUGGUCUUGGACUGCCACGUCAGCUUUCUUACUCAGGGCCGGUAAGGAUGGGACCCAUAAGGACACAUUUAAAGAAUAGUGUGGAGGUAGAUGAUGGCGAAGAUGUUGAUCUCCAUCUCAGGCUGGCACCGUUCAAGACAACCUGAUCCCGCUUGUUCUGUAAAAUCUCUAUAUAGAUGCUGCGGACAGGGAUCUGAGGGUUCCGCAAUUCAUUUAAAAUUGUAAGAGUUUACAAUUUGAAUCUAAUGAUUUGGGAAAUGUGUUAUAUCACACUA